GGAGGGCACUCAAUCCACCCCCUUAUUAAGACCCCUUCACUACUCUCUCUCUCUCAAACAUCAUAACUCUACUCUGUUUUCCAUGGCUUCUGCUCUGUUUCUAAUACUCUGUUGCAUCACGCACUUCUCCCUUUCAUCCUCACAACCACUCUUUCUCCCUCUAACGCACACCCUCUCCCAAAACCAAUUCAACAGUACCCCCAGCCUCCUCAAGUCCACCUCAGCGCGCUCCGCCGUCCGCUUCCACCACCACCACAACCGCCACCACUACCACCGUAAAACCAACCAAGUCUCCCUCCCCCUCACCCCCGGCAGCGACUACACUCUCUCCUUCACUCUCAACUCCAACCCUCCCCAACCCAUCUCCCUCUACAUGGACACCGGCAGCGACCUCGUCUGGUUCCCCUGCUCCCGCUUCGAAUGCAUUCUCUGCGAAGGCAAACCCAACUCCACAACCCCUCCUCCCAAAAUCCCACCCGCCGCUGCUGUCCCAUGCGACACCACCUCCUGCUCCGCCGCCCACUCAUCCCUCUCCCCCGCCGAUCUCUGCGCCAUCUCCCGCUGCCCUCUCGACUCCAUUGAAAUCUCGGAAUGCUCCUCCUUCGCCUGCCCGCCCUUCUACUACGCCUACGCCGACGGAAGCUUCAUAGCCAAGCUCUACAAGCACAGCUUAUCAAUACCCAUGUCAUCUCCUUCUCUCAUUCUUCGAAACUUCACUUUUGGGUGUUCCCAUUCUGCCCUCGGCGAGCCGAUUGGGGUGGCCGGGUUCGGACGCGGUUUGCUUUCUCUACCGGCCCAGUUAUCCACCACCUCCCCCCACCUCGCCACCCAAUUUUCAUACUGCUUAGUUUCUCACUCAUUUGACCAGGACCGAGUCCGCAGGCCGAGUCCACUCAUUCUGGGACCCUACGACCAGAAGCAGAAGCUACUCGGGGACGCCAGCGUCGGCGGUGAGUCGGUUGAGUACGUCUACACCUCCAUGCUCGACAACCCCAAACACCCUUAUUUCUAUUCCAUUGGACUAGCCGGAGUCUCGGUAGGCAAAAGGGUUUUUCCGGCGCCGGAGACUCUGAAAAGGGUCGACGAGAACGGGAACGGUGGUGUCGUCGUUGACUCGGGGACGACUUUCACUAUGUUGCCUCAGAGGUUUUACAACUCACUGGUGGCCGAGUUCGACCGCCGAGUCGGGCGAGGCCACAAGCGAGCGACUCAGAUUGAGGAACAAACCGGGCUCGGGCCGUGUUACUAUUACGACAAGGUGGUGGAGGUUCCGGGCGUGGCGUUACAUUUCGUGGGGAAUAAAUCCAGUGUGGCGCUGCCCAGGAGAAACUACUUUUACGAGUUUGUGGACGGCGGUGAUGGGGCGGGGAGGAAGAGGAAGAAGGUGGGGUGUUGGAUGUUGAUGAACGGCGGUGAUGAGGCGGAGAAUAGCGGUGGCCCCGGGGGUGUUUUGGGAAAUUACCAGCAGCAGGGGUUUGAGGUGGUUUAUGAUUUGGAGAAGCAUAGGGUUGGGUUUGCAAAGAGGCAAUGCGGAUUGCUUUGGGACAGUCUCAACAAGCGGUAGAAGGGAUGGGAGUUGAAAAUUUGGGGGUGGUCACCGGUGGUUUGACUCUUUUUGGUCGAGGUCAAAGGGGAUUUGACUUUGACCGUCUGAGGGGUCUGUGUAAAUGGGUCGGGUGUGUUGAGUAAUAAGGUGGGCUGUACAUUGUAACUUGUUUAUGUUUUAUAAGUAUUUUCAUAGGUUGGAUUUGAUGCAAAAGAUGAAGUGCAAAAACAGACACAAAAAGAAAUCAGACAAAUUUGUAAAGUUUGAGAUUAAAUAAUAUUGUGUAAUUAAUC